CACUCCUACAGCCAGGCUGCCUCGGAACUCGCUGGGCUCAGAAACGGUUUUUCUUCGAAAAUGGAUGGGAUGUCUUCAGAGGCUAAUGAAGAAAAUGACAAUGUAGAGAGACCUGUUAGAAGACGACAUUCCUCAAUUUUGAAACCCCCAAGGAGUCCUCUUCAGGACCUCAGAGGUGGGAAUGGGAAUGAAACUGUUCAGGAAUCCAAUGCUUUGAGAAAUAAGAAAAACUCUCGUCGAGUCAGCUUUGCAGAUACUAUAAAAGUAUUCCAGACAGACCCUCAUAUGAAAAUAGUGAAAAAGUCAGAAAUUUCAGAAACAGAAGCAGGAGGAAAUGUUCUAUUUAUGCAGAAUAAGAAUCCAGAAGAUAACUACUGUGAGAUAACUGGGAUGAAUACAUUGCUUUGUGCUCCCAUUCAGACCCAGAUGCCCCAGAGAGAGAUUUCAAUUACAGAAUACAACCAUGAAAGGAAACAUGCAAAUGACCAGACAGUCAUCUUUUCAGAUGAAAACCAGAUGGACCUGACAGCAAGUCACACUGUGAUGAUUACCAAAGGCCUUUUAGAUUGUACCAAAAGUGAAAAAUCAACCAAGAUAGAUACCACAUCAUUUCUGGCUAACUUAAAGCUCCACAUUGAGGAUGCAAGAAUGAAGAAAGAAUUAAAUUUUUCUAGGGAUCAAAGCACUUCUUCAGAAAAGAAAAUAAAUUUCAAUGACUUCGUAAAAAGAUUGAAAACAGGAAAAUCGAAUGCUUCUCCUUUUACAGGACCUGAUAAAGAAAAUUCUGAGAUGCCUAUUCAUUCCAAAGAAUCAAAUAGGGCCUCUUCUAUGCACCAAAUGCAUGUAUCUCUUAGUGUAGAUGAAAAUAGCAGUAAUAUGACUAGACUCUUUAGAGAACAAGAUGAUGGGAUGAAUUUUACCCAGUGUCAUACAGCCAAUAUUCAGACUUUGGUUCCCACAUCCAGUGAGCCCAGCUUAAGGGAAUUUAAAGGUGAUGAUAUUACAACUUAUGGCAAUGACUUUAUGGACCUGACAAUUAACCACACUAUACAGAAGUUACCUUCAGCAGAUAAUCUGUCUGAAAUAGAAAAUCAAACUCAGAAUGUCAUGAUGGAUGUUUCAACAGGUCAUGGAGCUAAAGCACUAGGACAGAAGACAGUCUUUAAGGAUAAACCGAAUGAUGCUUUUCAGGACCCUUCCUUAAACCCUGAAGGUGACAUACAUAUUACCAGCAGUCAUAUUACAGGGAGAGAAAUUCAGACAGUCACAGAGACUUCCAACCAGGAUGUCAGAACAUUGGCCAUGAUCCCAGAAUCUAAACAUUCCAGUUCAGCUAUUCAAGAUUAUAAGACAUUUUUCUAUUCUAGUUGUAAUGAUGCCAUGGAACUGACCAAGUGUUUCUCAAGUAUGAGAGAGGAGAAGAAUUUGCUAAAGCAUGACAGGAGUUAUUCUAAAAUGUAUCCCAAUCCAGAUGCCAUCUCUCUUCUCAGAGAGAAUACUAUUUAUUUGGGAGAAGAAAGCAUGGACAUUACCAAGAGUCACACAGUUGCAAUAGAUAAUCAAAUUUUUAAACAAGUUCAGACAAAUGUACAGAUAGCAGCUGCACCAGUAUCUGAAAAAGAAAUGAUAAUCCAAAAUCACAUAAUCGUGUCAGAGGAUGGGGAAAUGAAUAUAAAUUAUAGCUCAGUUCCUCAUGUAUCUAAGGAAAGAUUACAGCACAGCCUGGAAAAUCCUUUAUUUAUUUCAUUGACUGACAAAAGGACUGAAAUCUUCACAGAUGAAAAUAUGGAUUUGACUAAAAGUCACAUAGCUAAUGUAGGAAGUCAGUUUCCUCUUGCAUCUUACAGUCUGGCAUCUGAGAAUACCAGUAAAUCUCACUCUCACAGCAUAAGCCCUUCAGGUGAAUGGGAAGAAAUGACCAAAGGUCAUAUUGAACCAUCGCAACAACCAAACAUAAUAUCUAAAAACAUCCCAACUGACACCUGGGACAAAGGAAAAGAUCAAGUUUUGAAUAUUUCACCCUAUCUUGAUAAAGAUUCUCCUCAGUCACCUGAUAUUAACCAGAACAUAGCAACAAGCCAUAAUAUAGUAUACUCUGGUGGGGAUCUUGAUAAACAAGUACCACUGAGAAAUAAUAGAAAUACAGUUUCUUGUGAGCAAUCUUUGUUUCCUACUACAAAGCCAUUGUUUUCAUCAGAAGGACAGGCUGCCAUGAGAAAUCAUAAUACUGCUGUUAACAGUCAAACAGUGAAAUCUGUACCAGACCAGAAUUCUAAACUGCCUGAGCCACUGAGGAAAAGUUUAGGCAGUCCUACACCUGACUGUUUUCAUGACAAGAUAAUUAUUUGUUCAGAGAAGGAGCAAAAUAUGGACCUAACCAAGAGUCACACUGUUGUCAUUGGAUUUGGUCCUUCUGAAGUACUAGAACUAGGUAAGACUAAUUUAGAAAACACUAACAACCAGCUAACAACAGUAAACAGACAGAAAGCUGUAAAAGUUGAAAAAUGUAAUGAAAGUCCAAUAGAAAAAACUGGAGUAUUUAUUUCUAAUGAUAUCAUGGGUGUGUUGAAGGACAAAACUGGAAUUCUGAAUGAAAAGCAAGAUGUCAAAAUUUGUGAAAGGAAAAGUCUUGGCAGACUAAAAAUUGAUAAGACUGUUGUAUUUUCUGAGGGAGAUGAGAAUGAUAUGGAUAUCACCAAGAGUUAUACAGUGGAAAUAAAUCAUAGACCUUUACUAGAUGAACAUGAUUCCCAUUUGGUGCCUUUGGCAGGAACUUCUAAAACUGUUUUGUAUACAUGUGGGCAGGAUGACAUGGAAGUCACCAGAAGUCACACAACUGCUAUAGAAUGUAAAACUAUCUCACCAGAUAAAAUAACUACUAGGCCUGUGGACAAAACUGUAAUGUUUAUAGAUAAUCACGAUGAACUAGAGAUGACAAAGUCCCAUACUGUUUUCAUUGACUACCAAGCAAAGGAGAAAACUGUGCUUCCAGACAGCCCUAACUUUGAACUAUCCAAAAGAAAAAGCCUAGAAAAAUCAAAAGUGACACCUAAUCCUGCUAAGGAGGGUGUUUUCUUUCCGGACAAUGGUGAAAGUGAUCAUUCAGUAGCAAAAGUCAGCCAGCUAACAUUACUGGGGGAAUGGUCUAAUAGUGAUCCUUUAGAGAAAGCUGAAGCAUUUAUAUCUGAUGAUAACAUAGAAGUGUCUAAAUCAACCAUUUGGAAAAAUGACAAAGAUGUACAAAAGCCUGGAUUUCUGAAUGAAUCUCUAUCAGGCAAAAGUCAGAGAAGGAAGAGCCUUAAAUUCAAAAAUGGCAAGACCAUUGCAUUUUCAAAGAAUGACAGAAAUGAUAUGGAUGUCAUCCAGAGUCGUACAGUGGAAAUAAAUAACAAAGGUGUCCUGGAAGAUAGAGAGGACUCCCAUUGGGUGCCUUUGGAAGGAACUUCUAAUACUGUUUUACAUACAUGUGGGCAGGAUGAUAUGGAGAUUACCAGAAGUCAUACAACUGCCUUAGAAUAUAAACCUCUCUCACCAGAUAAAAGAACCACUGGGCCUAUGAACAAAACUGUUAUGUUUGUAGAUAAUCACAGUGAUCUGGAAGUUACUAAGUCUCACACUGUUUUCAUUGAUUGUCAAGCCAUGGAGAAAAUACUUCAAGAGUACCCUAAAUUUGGAAUAGCAAAAGGAAAAACCUUGGGUGUUUCUUUUCCUAAGGAUGGUGGCUCUGUUCAAGAAAUCACUAAAGAACAAGCACUGGCUAUAGAAAACAAAAUUGUUCUUCACACUGAGCAAAAGCAUCAUGUGAUACCCUUUGUUCCUACAUUGUCUGGGGGUCAAGGUGAGACAGAAAUCAAAUUCCAUAGCACUGCUGUGGAUGAAGAGGUCAUGAAAGUGGCAGUCCAGGCCCAUGUAUUGGAAAAAGCCAAAAUUGAAAGCUGUCACUUAAAUAGUACAGAUAGAAGAAAUGUGGGUUUUACAGGCAGUUCUGCAGCUGCUAUUUGUGGAUCCAGUGAUAAUUAUUCCUGUUUACCUAGUGUUGUUUCCUUUUUUGAUAAUUUGGAGGAGAAUGGCAUGCCCUUAUGUGAUAAAGAUGAUGUAAAAGCCAGUCAUUGCCCAGUGCAAAAUGAUCUUCCUUAUGCAAACAAUUUAGCUAGUGAAUAUUAUUUGAAAUCUGAGGGACUGCCUCUUUCUGCUCCUUGCUCUUUGUUAGAGAAGGAAAAAGUUGUUCAAACCAGUACCCAAGGACAGUUAGACUGUGUCCUAACAGUACUCAAAGAUCAAGAUCUGAUUAAGGAGCCCCCAAAUCUAUUAGCUAAUGAAACUUUAGUAUAUGGUGAAGAUUUGGGGGAGAUGACUAAACUUAACUCAAAGCGAGUAUCUUGUAAGCUUCCAAAGGAUCAAAUGGAGGCCUUUGUUGAUAAUGCAGAGCAGAGUUUAAAGAAGACCUUUGUUGAUGAUGUUUGUGUUGCUUCUCAGCAUCAUCUGUCAACCCAGCAACGUCCAUUACCUGAACAAGGACAGAGUAUUGUCAGUAAAGAUGAAACAAUAUUGUCAAAAUCGGGAAAUAAGAAUUUAAAUAUUGUUAGAGGAAAUUCCUCUGAACCCAUAUGUGAAAACGAUUCCACAAUGCUCAAUAAUGAGAAACAGUUUACUAUGGCCUGUAAAAAAGAACUAAAGAAAAAUAUUCAAACAGCUAAAUGUAAUACAGCUAUAGAUUUCCACAGUAACUCAGACUUGACUAAGCAAGUUAUUCAAACUCAUAUCAAUCCUAGAGAAGCAUCAGAUCCUGUAAUUGCAUCUAAUGCUGCAACUUUUAGUAGUAUCAAACCACAUCUGAAUAAUUUGAAUGAAAAAACUGAAGAAUUGUUAGAUUUCCAACCAGUUCAUAUACCACCUUCUCCAGAACAAUUACUUGAAUUAGUAAAUAAGGCACACAGUAAUAAGAGUAUAGUGCAAGCUACAGAAAUACAUAAUGUUAACAUAGUGUCCAGCAGUGUUAAAGAUCAUAGGGAUGAAGAAAAUAAAAUUUCUCAUAAUGGAGCUGAAACCAUCUCUGUACCAUUAAUGAUGACUAUAAAAGAUAAAGUGAGGAGAUGUCCUUUGGGAAUAUUUUUGCCCAGAUUGCCAAACAAGAGAAAUUGUAGUGUCACUGGUAUUGAUGACCUGAAGCCGAUUCCAGCAGACACAACUGAUUUAAAUAACUUAGAAACUCAGCCAGUCUCCAAUAAACAUUCAGACACUGGAUUUGUUGCAGCUAAACUGAACUUAAGCCCAUCUCAAUAUAUAAAUGAGGAAAAUCUUCCUAUAUAUCCGGGUGAGAUUAAUUCCUCAGACUCUCUUAGCAUAGAUACUGAGGAAAAGGCUUUGACUGAGACAUACCAAAAAGAGAUUUCACCAUCUGAAAAUAAACUGGAAGAAACCUGCAAUAGCCAAAAAAGAACCUGGGUACAAGAAGAAGAAGAUGAUAUUCAGGAUGAGAAAAAAAUCAGAAAAAGUGAAAUUAGGUUUAGUGAUACCGCACAAGAUCAGGAGAUUUUUGAUCACCGUGCUGAAGGAGCUAUAGAUAAAAAUGCUAACAGUGUGUUGAUAAAAAGCCUGAGCAGGACCCCAUCUAGUUGCAGCAGUUCUCUGGAUUCAGUCAAGGCUGAUGGGACCUCUCUGGACUUCAGCACACACCCCAGUAGUCAAAUAGAAUCACAGUUCCUCAGAGAUACCGUUUGUGAAGAGAGCUUGAAGGAGAAACUCAAAGAUGGGAGAAUAACAAUAAAGGAGUUCUUUAUACUUCUUCAGGUCCACAUUCUGAUACAAAAACCUCGACAGAGCAAUCUCCCAACCAAAUUUACUAUAAACACAUCACCUACUCCAGAAGACCUGAUGUUAAGUCAAUAUGUUUACCGACCCAAGAUACAGAUUUAUAAAGAAGAUUGUGAAGCUCUUCGCCAGAAGAUUGAAGAAUUAAAGCUUUCUGCACUGAACCAAGAUAAACUGUUCACUGAUGUAAAUAGGAACCUAUGGGAAAAAGUGAGACACUACUCUGAUGAGGAGCUGAAGGCCUUUGGAAUUUACCUGAACAAAAUAAAAUCGCGUUUUACCAAGAUGACUAAAGUCUUCACUCACCAAGGAAAAGUGUCCCUGUACAGCAAGCUGGUACAGUCGGCUCAGAACAAGAGGGAGAAGCUUCAGACAAGGAUAGAUGAGAUGGACAGCAUACUUCAGAAGAUUGAUAACUGUCUCACUGAGGUGGAAAUAGAAACUAAGAAUUUGGAGGAUGAACAGAAAGACAAUCCUGUGGAAGAGUGGGAUUCUGAAAUGAAGGCUGCAGAGAAAGAACUGGAACAGCUGAAAACUGAAGAAGAAAAGCUUCAAAGAAAUCUCUUAGAGCUGGAGGUACAGAAAAAGCAGACCCUUGCUCAAAUAGACUUUGUGCAAAAACAAACACAUAGAACUGAAGAGCUACUGGAUCAUUUGAGCUUGUCUGAAUGGGAUGUCAUUGAGUGGAGUGAUGAUCAAGCUAUAUUCACCUUUCUUUAUGACACAGUAGAACUCACCAUCACCUUUGGAGAGCCAGUAGUUGGUCUCCGUUUCCUGGACAAGGCUUGUAGGAAGAUUGUUGACCUGAAUUUUCAAUCUCUGUUAGAUGAGGAUAAAGCUCCUCCUUCCUCCCUUUUAGUUCAUAACCUUAUUUUCCAGUACAUUGAGCAACAGCAAUCCUGGAAGAAGAAAUGUACAACACAGCAUCAGGUACCCAAGAUGCUUCAAGAAAUCUCACUGGUAGUGAGCCAUUGCAAACUUCUUGGAGAGGAGAUUGAGUUUUUAAAGCGAUGGGGACCAAAUUAUAACCUAAUGAACAUAGCUGUGAAUAAUACUGAAUUGAGGCUUUUAUUCUGCAGCUCAGCAGCAUUUGCAAAGUUUGAGAUAACUUUGUCUCUCUCAGCCCAUUACCCAUCUGUCCCAUUACCUUUCUCUAUUCAAAAUCACCUUGGAAACAUUGGCCAAGAUGAAAUUGCUGCCAUUCUAUCUAAAGCGCCACUGGAAGACAACUACCUAAAGAAUGUAGUCAAGCAAAUUUACCAAGUUCUGCUUCAGGACUGACUGCC